AUGUUUCCUUCCUUCCUGGUUGUUCCUGCCAAGCGUCGGAGCCAGAAGCUAGCUUUUGCAAGCGGUGCCAAAGAAAUGCACGCAAAUCCGAAAAAAAAAGUUCAUGUUGCUGCUGCUGCUGCUAUAGUUAGGAGUGGUCAAUUUCAUAAUAAUAAAAUUCUUGGACGGGAAGGAGAUGAGGUGGUCGACGCUCGAUCCAAAAUCCUGUCCGGGAGAGGCAGCGGGAGGAAGUGCAAGGUCUUGAUUAUUUCUGCUCGGCUGAAGUUUGAACGAGCGAGCGAUGAAAUUACCCGCACGGGCUCCGUCGUUGAGCGGCUCUGCCGGCGCGCUGGUCAAGGGUCGGGCCUCACCGACUGCUCCACAGCUUCGGACGAACAUGCAAUCUCAGAUGAGAAGGAUCUCGUCGGCAGAGAGUUGAUUGAUCACAUAUUUAGAGUGGACAUCCCUUCCACUUCGAGCCGAAGCACCGACACGAUUUUAGUGAGGAAGGGUCAAUUCGCGGGAGAUUUGGCAUCAGUGUUCAUGACCAGCAUAGGUGAAUGUUCAUGCCCAUUUGAUCUUUUUCCGAGACAAUCAAUCGUACAGACCUUUACCGUGCCCGCUCCAACUCCGAACAUAAUGGUGUAUCAUACUGAUCGCAAACAAGUGAAGGGUAAUAAGAAGAAGGCGCCAUCAGAUCCAGAGUCUCAUGCGCCACCUCCUGCCGAUCCCACCGUGUGCAAGACCUUUCCCCAUAUUGCUUCCCAGACGCCAUGCAGAAUUGCUCGCUUAACAGCAGCCGUGAACGCUUCAUUCCACAAAAUUGACUUCGCCACCGCACGAAGGACACCGCUUGCCAGGAAUAACCCAGACUGUUUGACCUCUGCCAAGGCAAGCCGGGCACCGUUUUCCAGGAACCUGUGCAAUUGUCAGCUCGCCUUCAAUUCCAGAAGCUUGACCACGCUCACCGGAUCCACUGUCGGAAGACGCGACCGAGUCAAUGGAUCUUCGGCGCUCGAAUGUAGUGUUUCGAAUCGUUGGCUGUUAUAUGACAUCUUGAAGGUCGUGAAGGGUCACGCGAGAGCUAUGGGAGACGACAGCGGACAGCGUUCGUGCGAAGGGGUGAGAUGGCGAGCAGCAUCUCCUUUAUACAUCUUCUUGUCACUUUCCCAGAAUCGCCAGGUUCAAGCCUCGUUCAAAACGCAUUGGCUCGGUCAGCUGCUGAAUGCUAGCAUACGCUGUGAGACGGAGCUAGUCUGUCGUGACCUCGUUGACGACCAGUUCGUUGGGUUUGGGACCACCUCUCAUCACACCGUUACCGGGUUUUUGUCUUUGUUGAUGGCAGAGUGUGUUGCACUGGCAUCGAGUGGGAGCGUUCCAGUUGGACCAUGCGCAUCUGAUGUGAUGCCUGAGACCUUUAUCAACCUCGAAUGUGUUUUCGCGCCAGGCUGCCACAAGGUUGUAUAUUCGUCCUUGCUCAGUCAAUGGCAGUCCGGAACUGAAACCCAAUUUGUGCAACGGGAAAAUACGGCAGUAGGACUCGUCCACGCAGCUUUCCGAAGCAAUGACGGCAGGUGGGAUGCGUGCUGGCUGUAUGUUGUGAUCCAUGCUGGCAGCCGCUUUGGACGCCGAUUGCCAGGACAUCAAUCAGAUGUUGAGCGCAAUGACGGUCACAUCUGUCAAACUUCAACAAGGAUUGCAAGUCAGAUUCCGCUCUCCACGGCGGCGCAAGAGGUUGUGGAUCCUGAGCAGCGAACGAGCCGGCCGCGCGCGCAGAGCGGCAAGAGUUGUACAGUAGCACCACCCACAUCCCGUGCUCGAUCAACAACCAUGGCAACGGCGUUUGGACGAGCCUUUCGUUUUCAGACGAAGACAGAUCGUAGAUCAAUCCCUGUCGCGCUUCUGCACACUCCCGGUUCCCGCAAAGUUGAUCUCGACAGGGGGGCCCUCCACAAGUCUGCACCAGCCGAGAGUCUGAAAUCUAAUCCUAUACAGUAUGCAGGGCAAGCAAUGUACGAAUCCCUUCGCCCACUUACGUUGAGCCUCAAGCCGCGCGCCGUCACUUCCUGGCCAGGAUGCAGCUCGCCGUGUGAAGUGCAUUGCGGUACCGCAUGGAGAAGUUGGUUGGUUCAUGUUCAUACGUAUGUGAGCGCACAUCGACCUGGUCUUGCGCGAUUGAUGCUCAUAGGACCACAUAAUGAAGCCUGUCACUUCACAUUGUAUUCCGCACGUGCUACUUCCGAAAUCCUUGUGCUCAAUGCGUUGAAAAAAUUGCGACACUAUCUCCGAGCUCAUCCCAAGGAUUCCUUCCUUGUAGCCAGAUAA